CUUAAGAGUUGUCAUAAGUGAGUCCUAGAUUUUUUUAAUAUAUGUAAAAAUUACUGCUAAGGAAAUACUUCCGGUUUGUCCCUCGUCGGGCACGAGCUCUUCCGAAUUUGUUAGUGGUAUUUUAGACGAGGGAGUCCUUAUUAAAAAUGUCUCCUAAUCAUUUACUUAUUUACUUAUUUUUAUCGUCGAUAUUAAUGGUGAGCUGGGCCGACGUUUGUCCAUGUGAAAGACCCGAGCUCUGUCAGCAGAUACGCGAUCAAAAAGACUUCGAGGUGUUUGUGUUUGAUGUGGGGGGAAAGACGUGGAAGUCGUACAACUGGAGUGUAGUGACGACUGUGGCGACAUUUGGGAAAUAUGACGCUGAGCUCAUGUGCCACGCUCAUUCCCAAGGAGCGCGGGUCGUUCUCAAAGGUGAUGUUCCCCUGGCGUACGUUGUGGACCAAACCAACAGGACAGGCUGGAUUACCGAAAAGGUCAACUUGGCCAAAAGUCAAUUUAUGGAUGGGAUCAACAUCGACAUUGAACAAGCAGUAGCCGAAGGCACGCCUGAGUACUUUGCUUUAACAGACCUGGUCAAAGAGACCACAGAGGCUUUCCACAAGGAGAUCCCUGGUUCUCAGGUAUCCUUCGAUGUCGCCUGGUCGCCCAAAUGCAUCGACAAACGCUGCUACGAUUCCGUCAGCAUCGCCGAAUCCUGCGACUUGGUGUUUGUGAUGUCCUACGACGAGCAGAGCCAGAUCCUGGGGGACUGCAUCGCCAUGGCCAACGCCCCCCUCGUUCAAACGCUUAAAGGCUACGAUCAGUAUUUGAAAAUGAAUAUUGAUCCAAAGAAGUUAGUGAUGGGUGUGCCAUGGUACGGCUAUGACUACCCUUGCCUCAACUUUUCCCAGGAUGGAGUGUGUUAUAUCGCCAGUGUGCCGUUCCGUGGCGCCCCGUGCAGUGACGCUGCCGGAAAGCAGAAGCCGUACAGCUGGAUAAUGAAGCAGGUGGAUAGCUCCUUGUCUGGUCGGCUGUGGGACGACAGGCAGCAGGCUCCCUACUUCAAUUACAAGGACUCACAAGGACAGAUUCAUCAAAUUUGGUAUGAUGACCCAGAAAGUAUUUGCCUGAAAAGUGGUUAUGUCAAAUGGAAAGGUUUGCGGGGCGUGGGUAUGUGGAACGGUAACAUCUUAGACUACAGCGACCAUCCUGUUGCUAGGCAGCAGAGCGCCAAGAUGUGGAACGCUCUGUUUGGAUGCUAGCUAGGCUAAAGUUUACGGCGGGAGACAUUUAUGUUGUCGUUGCUAAGUCAACAAGUCCUUUUUGUGGCAGCAACACCGCACAUUCUUGCACCUCGGACUUUAUUCUGGCUUUUAUUGCCGCUACCUUUUCAAAACAAGACAUUCCACUGCGCUGAAAGAGUGAUUCACUCUCUGCACUUUGUUUUAAUGACUCUUAUUGAGCACCUUUCUGAUUUUUACACACAAUAUACAAUAAAAGUUGAAA